UUGCUUCUGCCUUUUUCUCCCUGAGUAAUGCCUGCCCCUUGUCAGCCGCUGCCGUGGGCACACUCCGAUCUCCCAUGGCCUCUGCACCCACACUGUGGGAAAUUAGCAGAAUUUUCCUUUUGGAGGAGAAACCUCCGUCCAUUCUCGCUCUCCCGACUGUGUGUGCUCUGCAGGCUCAGCAGCCACAUCUCUUCACGUCCAUCACACGCUCCUGCCCUCCCCCUUCUUCUCCUAGGCUGUUGUCAGUCUCUCCUGUUUGGUCUGUGAUUCAUUUUUGGGUCUCCAUCGCCUGCUCCCUGUCUCACCUCUGGGCAUUUGUUCAUCUCUACCAACAAAUUGGUCUCUUAGCGGGACAUAUGUCUCCUGUAGUCUGUCGGAUUUUUCAGAAACUGAUUCAGAAAACGUCCCUGCUAGUGUUGAUGAGUUUGGUUGUGACCGCCACAUUGUACACAUGCGAGGGGCACUGAGAACCAAGUCAGGUUCUAACUGAAAUCCUUCAAAACAGAACAGACCCCCAAUGCAGUCUUAUCUUUGAGUAAUUCUUUUGGGGGCACAGUGGUAUUUUUGUUUUGUGAAAGCAUGAACUUAGAAAUCGAAGCACAGUUCUCUGGGUUGAUUCUGGAGAGACUUCCAGCGAUCAGUACUGGCUUGUGUCUAAAGCAUGGGACAGCGGCAUCGUACAGAGGGUUCCAGGGGGGAGAUGACCUCCCCAUCUCCCCACUGGCUGAGAAAUCCAAGAGCCGACGCAGACAAAGGGAGCCAUUUGGGGAGAGUUAGCAUAAGAAGAGAAUGGAAGGCCUUCAGAAGAGCACAUAUGGAACUAUAGUUGAAGGGAGCAGGGGCGUCUACCAUGCAGCAGAAUCGUACUGGCUGAGGAUCCUCCUGGUGGGCAAAUCUGGCUGUGGGAAAAGUGCCACAGGGAACAGCAUCCUCUGCCGACAAGCAUUCGAGUCCAGGCUCAGAGCCCAGUCGGUGACCAGGACCAGCCAGGCAGAGAUAGGCACAUGGAAGGGAAGGAGCUUCCUAGUGGUAGACACACCCCCCAUCUUUGAGUCAAAGGCUCAGAACCAAGACAUGGACAAGGACAUUGGAGACUGCUACCUGCUGUGUGCCCCAGGCCCCCACGUGCUGCUGCUGGUGACCCAGCUGGGACGCUUCACAGCCCAGGACACCAUGGCCGUGAGGAGGGUGAAGGAGAUCUUUGGGGCAGGAGUCAUGAAGCACAUGAUCAUCCUCUUCACCCACAAGGAAGACCUGACAGAUGAGACCUUGGAUGGGUUUGUGACCCACACUGACAACCACAGCCUGCGCAGCCUGGUCCAGGAGUGUGGGAGGAGGUACUGUGCCUUUAAUAACAGGGCCUCAGGGGAAGAGCAGCAGGGACAGUUGGCAGAGCUCAUGACCGUGGUGAGGAGGCUGAAGCAGGAGUGUGAGGGCUCUUUCUACAGCAACGACCUCUUCCUUCAGGCCCAUGUGUUCCUUAGUGGUGACAAGAGUGAGCAUCAGGAAGCCUAUAGGUGCUACCUGUUGAAGGUGAGGCAGGAGGUGGAGAGGCAGAAGCGCAAGCUGGAGGAGCAGGAGGGCAGCUGGGUUCUCAAGGUGCUCCUCAGAGGCAAAGAGUGGGUAGCUUUGCAUGAUGGGAUUUGUGCUAGUUUUGUGUUGGGCAUAGCAAUCCUCAUUGUUAUUUUUCUGCUCAUGUUUUACAGGGCUUAUUAAACUUUCCCCCCACUGCUACUUUUUCCUCAAGAAAUGUUUAUGUGACCCUAGGUACAUAGGCAUAUAAAAUAGGUUACAAGUCAAACAUAAGAAAAUUGAAAUGAAUUUUUGGUACACACACACACACACACACACACACACACACACACACACACACACACAAUUUACUGCUUCUGAAAGAUUAAAGCAUAUUUGCCCUGUUCAUAUUGUGAGGAGUUUUAGUUAGAUAGGAUGAAUACAUUCUGGAGACCUGUUACAUAACAUAGUGAGCAUUCUUAAUUUUACAGUUGAUAAGAACAUAGAUUUUAAGUGUUUUCACCACAAAACGUAGUUUUGUGAGCAAUAGAGAUGUUAACUAUUGUGAGUACCUGCAUCGCACACUAUUACUAUGUACAAGUUGUGUUGAACAACUAGUCCUUGACAACACUGAAGAAGUGUAUGGCAUGUACAAAGAAAGUAAAUAAGAAAAUUAAAAUUAAUGAAUGUAUUAUUUUUCUUCAACUUCAAAAAAAAGCAUAUUUGCACACUAGUGAGGUGGAUAUGCUUGGGUUUUGUUUUGUAUACAUAAGUCUUGAAUGAAUAUUUGAUACUGCAGGAUAGAACAUCUCAAACAUUUUUCAGGGUCAAUUGAUAUUUUAAUUUUACAAAAAUAAAUUCUAAGAACUGCAUUCACUAAGUCCAUAAUAGAAAGUGGCAAUAGUCUCGAAUCUGAGUCACAGUGUUUUGGGCAGUGUUUAUUGGUGUUGCAUGAUAUGAGCAAGACAAAGGAUUGGUGUUUUUUGGUCAGAACCAAGGUUGCUGUUUCAUCAUAGAACACAGGGAAGUGCGGUCAGAGACAUUACAGAUUCAUUACUCCUUUGAUUUCAAAAUCAGUUUUAGUUGUUGUGUGUUCAGAAUCCCUUACUGUUGCUAACUUUUUCUCCUCCUCCACAUGUUCAGCUUUGUGGCCCCACAUGGGGGUCACAGCCUGUGGUCUAAAGAAGCUUGGGUGUAGUCAUCUAGCUCUUGGGCAGGCCAGGGUGGUGGGGAUCUUGCCUGGCUGUUUGCUCUAUUUUUAAAAGGUCUUAUUAAUAAAAAAAA